UGUAUUGCACAAUCCACGAUUGCAGGCGAGGAAGUAAUACUUUAGGGCACACAUCGCGCACUCUUUAAACGGAUUUGUUGAUGCAAUGCUAUUCACCGUGUGAAAAAAUUUACUUGAACAAGCUGAUUUGACUUGUAGCGGCUACAAGACGCCCUUCGACCGCGUUGCCAACGACGCCUGCAUCCCCAUCACCUGUGUGUUACCUGUCCCCAAAGGUACGACUUCCAGCUGCAUGAGUACCAGCAUCCAUGGCCCAUACAGAAAAUGACGGUAUCAGCUUAGCCAUCUACGAAGGCAAUUUUGUGGAACAAAAAGACGAGAUUAUUGCACUGCAGUCUAUUUUUGAAGGGGACAUUGAAGAGAGAAUCUGCGUGCUCAGUGAACCAGAUAGCUGUGGCAGUGGGCAGUAUGUUAUACAGGCAAAAGUCCCAUUUGAGAUGAAUGUUAAAGAAUGCCAAGUAGACAUCUGGAUACCUACAGGUGACACACCAAGUAUUGAUGAACAAGGGGCAUCUGCUGCUGAUGGACCUCCACAGUUGGGUCAAGGCAUUAGCCUAGAACGAACCCUCUCAGGUCAAAAAUGGUCAGGAUCUUUUAAAGUCCAGUUCCUUCCUCCACUGACUCUUGAUCUGACAUUUCCAUCAGACUAUCCAUCUCACAGUCCCCCAUCUUUCACAGUAUCUUCCAUCUGGCUCAGUGGAAAUCAGCUUUCACUCCUUUGCAAGCAUCUGGACAGACUGUGGGAAGACAACCGAGGCAUUCCUAUUGUUUUCACAUGGGUUGACUGGCUUGAAAAAGAGACUUUACAUUUUCUUGGUAUUGAAGACAGCAUUGUGCUGAUGCCAGCAGAAAGCUCUGAUGAUGACGUGGAGGACAAGCGAGUUGUCAUUGAUUGCUUUGAUCUGGGAGAAGCAGUUCACACUAUGCUACAAUACAGCAAUCACAAGGCAGCAGUCAGAUUUUUCCAGUCAAUGCAGGAGUGUGGACUGUGUUUUGAAGAGAAGCUUGGAUCACAGUUUUUUCGUCUUACACCCUGUUUUCACCACUUCUGCUCUGACUGUCUGGCAAUGCACUGUAACAUGCAUGUUACAGAAGGCACCAUCAGUCUACUCAAGUGUCCAGCCUCUAAAUGUGAGACUGUUAUCCCUCCCGAUGUUCUGCAGACAGUUCUGUCUCCCAAACUAUAUAUUCGCUGGGAGACUCUCUCUGUUCAAAAGACAUUAGAUGAGAUGAAUGAUAUAACCUACUGCCCUCGCUGCAAGAGCAUCGUAAUCAGUGAGGCAGAGUUAAGUCUUCACCUAGGCUUCUGCCUUUCCUGUUUUUACAGUUUUUGCACGCAGUGUGAGCGCGCAUGGCAUCAGUGUUCAGAAGUUUCUGGAAGUACUUCAUCUCGAAGCUUUCAGCCUUCUUUUUAAGGUCUGAUAUGUGGGUCACAGCUGUUUUUAUGCAGAAGACUAGACAGAGGAUUAGACAUAACAAAAGGGUACUCCAUGUCAAUCUGAAGAGGAUGUUCUGCAGGAGAAAGAGAAACGGCUUCAAUCUGGGGAUACACUGCUUUGAAGAAGUUUAGGGAGAUGAAGAAGAAAAUGAUGGAGGAGGCAAGAUCGGAAGAAGAAA